GGGGGGGGGGGGUGGGGCAGUGAGGAGGUGAGGGAGAAAGGAAUGUGAGUUCCAGAAAAACAAACAAACAAACAAUCUCAAUCAUCCCAAUAAUCUGACAAGUUCAUGGCUCCAUAUAUCUUUUUCAAGGAGCCGCUCCAUGAAAAAGAUGUAAGCCUUAUUAUGAUUUUACGGGCCUAAUAGUUUAUUAUAUCUCUAUGGGCAUUAAUUACAUCCAGCCUUCCAGGGUUUGGGAUUUUGCGCCACUCCCUGCCCCUACAAUGCUUGUUAGUCUUUAAAGAUCACUCCAGACUGAAAAUGUGAUUUGAACAGUAGCAGUAAAAUCUGACAAGCCAAACACUGACAAUUUCAUCAAACUUGGAUUGGGAAUACAAAAUUAGUUUUUCAUUUGAAUUACAGUUCUCUGCAUAUGGCUUUCAAACACUUUACAUGCAAAAGGGACUAAAUCCACCUUUGCUCAAUCUUCAUAAAUCAAUUUUAUUUUCAUUUCACCCAAAUUUCUAUGUCCAUUUAGAAAGUUUUUUCCUGAUUUAAGAGUCACCAAUAUAGGUUAUAAAAUGAUGGUUUCAAAAAAAAAUCCUGCAGGUGCCUUUUAUACAUAUUUUGGAUUUAGUACCUUAUGCAUAGUCCAGAGGGGUAAUGGUUUGAACAUACAUGUACUUCUCUCUUCCCCCAGCCUACCCUUCCUAUUGUCAUUCUAGGUUUUGAAAUGGUUUUCUGGUCUGUUUUUCUAAUUAAAUAGAAGCUUUAGCUGACAUAGAGACAACUUGAAAUUAGUUUUCUUACAAAUUAACGAUUAAAUCCAUCAAAAUGAUAAAUAUUAAAGAAAUGCAUACCGGUAUAUAAAAUAAAACUAAAGACAACUGCAAGAUUUUUUGUAUCUGUCAUUUUCGUUAGCUGUUAUAUAUUGAUGACUCUUUAAAAUUAAUAGUGUACAAACUUCCCGAAAGUAAACAUACAUUUGAGCAUGAGUGAAAUAAAAAAAAAAAACUUGAUUUAUGAGCCAUUUCAAGUGGAGUGAUCAGCCGGCCGCGAGCGGCCACCGGCCGUGAAUGCACCGGUACUAUACUAUAGGCCAGCGUAUACGGCCAGCUGACCUGAGAUCGGUCUUGUCGCGUGACGUGUUGCCAAGGAACCUCUUCGAAGAUGGGAGAAAACGUAAAAGUUGCCGUUCGAGUGAGACCAUUUAACGAACGGGAGAAAAACCGCAAGUCAAAAUGCAUCAUUCAGAUGAACGGGCAGACGACAUCCAUCAAGAACCCAGAGAACGAGAGGGAGGAGCCAAAGAAGUUUGCUUACGAUUUCUCGUACUGGUCACAUGAUGGCUACAAAGAAAACAAGGAAGGGUAUCUGGAACCAUCUGACAAGAAAUAUGCAGACCAGAAACGUGUUUUUGCUGACCUUGGAGAGAGUGUCCUAGCCAAUGCUUGGAAAGGAUAUAACUGUUGUUUGUUUGCCUAUGGGCAGACUGGUAGUGGAAAGUCUUACUCUAUCGUCGGCUAUGGACCAAAUAAAGGUAUUGUACCUGUGGCAUGUUCAGAGUUAUUCAGAGGAAUUGGAGAGAAGAAUAAAAAUGCUGAUAAAUCAAAGGAAGAGGAAUACCAGGUGUUUGUGAGUAUGUUGGAGAUCUACAAUGAACAGGUUCGUGACCUUCUCAUGCCUGCAAGUUUCAAGGUCAAAGGAGGGUUAAAGGUCAGAGAACAUCCUCAAAAAGGUUUCUAUGUUGAGCAACAAGCCACAUUCCCAGUUAUGAGUUAUGAUGAUAUCAACAACAAAAUUAAUGAAGGAACAAGAAAUAGAACCAUUGCUUCAACAAAUAUGAAUGCAACCAGCAGCCGAGCACACACCAUUGUAUCAAUACGGUUUAUACAGAAAGGAAAGAAUGAAGCAGGGAAGAACAUGACAAAGACAUCCAUCAUCAAUCUAGUAGAUUUAGCAGGAAGCGAGAGAGUGGAUAGCACAGGAGCAACGGGAGAUAGAUUAAAAGAAGGAGCAGCAAUCAAUCUGUCUCUCUCAUCCCUCGGCAAUGUCAUCAAGGCACUAGCUGAUAUGGGUGCUGGAAAGAAAGGGAUUAGAGUUCCAUACAGAGAUUCCAAGCUCACAAUGUUGCUAAAGAAUGCCUUAGGAGGAAACAGCAAAACAAUCAUGAUCGCUGCUAUUAGCCCAGCAGACAUCAACUAUGAUGAAACAUUAUCAACUCUUAGAUAUGCGGAUAGAGCCAAGGCUAUCAAGACCAAGGCGGUCGUGAACGAGAGUCCGACAGAUAAACUCAUCAGGGAGCUGAAAGAGGAGAACGCCAGGCUCCUCAAGGAGCUACAGGGUAAAGGAGGAGGUGGGAAGGAGCCAGGUAUAUUACAAGGAAUACCAGAAGAAGAAGUUGAGGAGAUGAAGAAAGCUCUUGAGAGGGAGCUUCAGAGGAAUCAAUCAGAGAUGGAGUCAAUGAAGAAAUCCUGGGAACAGAAACUCAAAGAAGUUCAUUCCGCUCAAGAGCAAGAGUUAGCAAAGGAGAAGAAAAAACACGAAGAGAUGAAGGUCAUGCCUCAUUUAUGGAACCUUAACGAGGAUCCCGCGUUGACGGGGAUGAUCAUUCAUAUGCUCAAACAAGGUUUAACCAAGGUGGGCAGCGACAAGGCUACUCCGGCUGCGGAUAUUGUCCUCUCUGGUCUCAACAUGGAGAAGGAGCAUGCGGUGAUAUCAAGCCGUGGUAACACGGUGAAAAUCAAGCCUUGUCUACCUGCCAAGGUACUGGUGAAUGGCAAGCAGCUGACUGACGGGGAAGAACUACACCAUAAUGAUAGAGUUCUCUUUGGAUCUAAGCAUCUCUAUGUUGUCCACCAUCCUCAAGAUCUGGCCAAGAACCCGAAGAAGGAGAAGAAAGGACCGGAGGAGAAACCCACCUACAGCAAAGCUCAGGAAGAGAUCGCCGCAAACUCCGGCUUCGACAUCAAACAAGGCCCAAAUAGAUCAAAAGAUGAGCUUCUGAUUCAAGAGGACCUUGUUGAAUUGAUACCCCAUGUCAGUGAAGCUAAUGCAAUGAGUGAGGAGUUGAAGAAGAGGGUACGCUUUGAGAUAGCUCUCAUCUCACCGCAGGCCAGAGGGGCUAAACAUGGCAGGACAGAGGUUUCUAUAUGCAUGAAGAACGUGGACAAUGACAAUGAGUUCUUGUGGACCAGGAAUAAGUUUCUGAAUCGCAAGUAUCUCAUGCAGGAGAUGUAUCAGAACUUUACAGAUGGUGAUAAAGAUUGGGAUGUAGAACAGAACAAAGAUCCCUUCUGGGAGCCUCCAGACACCGAGGUCCUCAUUGGCUGCGUUCACGUAUACCUUCAGAGCCUUGCAUACCUGAUAGAGAUUGAAGAGCUCCUUGGUAUCGGUGACUUCCGAGGGAUGGAGCAGGGCCUCCUCCAGGUUGACAUCCGUCCUUGUAAAUCGGACGGCUCUCACCUCCCCGAUGAAGACUUUGUGGACGAUCCCAAAGAAUUGAUUGGCAAGAGUACUAACUUCAAGUUCCAGAUCUCACAUGCCAGAGGAUUACCAGCAAGAAUAUCAAAGAGUUUCUGUCGGUACAAGUUUUAUCAAAACAGAGAAGCAGCUCAGUCGACCGAGGUACAGGGCAGGAACCCAGAGUAUAAUCAUGAAAAAAUAUUCUCAACAUCAGUCAUAACUCCAGAGAUGCUGACAUAUUUGGACAAUGAGUCAUUGAUCAUUGAGGUGUGGGGGCGCCAGAGAGAUAAGACGUCACCUGAAAGGAGAUUGCUCGGUGGUGAUAUAAAGAGGAGUACAUCUAUCUCCACGGAUGAGAAAUACAAGUUAAAUGUUGAACUGAAUACAGAGAAGAAGAGGGUGCAGAGAUUGGAAGCUAAAUUGCAAAAGAUCCAGGAACUGGUCAAUGAGGCUGUCCAGCUGAAGAAGAAGUCCCUCGACCUGAAGGACGUCCAAGAGGUCAUGAGCACUGGGAGCCUUCACCGCUUCAAGGCUGCGGCUCAGGUCAUCGGUAUAACGGAAAAGAUCGGCAGAAUGAACGCAAAUGAAAAGGUCUAGCAAGGCAGGGACAAUGAAUGUGCAAGUAAAAUUGAUUUCGACCAUUUCAUCAAUUUGAUAAUACUUCUUUUGUUUUCGCUUAAUCAAUCAUGGCUGAAUAAUCCAGCUCUUUUACUGAUAAUUGAGAUUUUUUCCCAUCUUUUACUUUAUUACAACCAUCCUUCAAAAUUGCAUGCCCCUAACACUUCUUUGAUAAAUUAAUCCAACAUUUAAAUGGAAAAUAAAAGUAAUGAAAUAUCAAUCGCUUUGCCUGAAUGUGAUUCUAUAUUCAUCCUUCACUUUAACAAAUUUCACUUAAAAUUGUAUGGUACUAACUUUCUAUGUGAUGAUUUGGUUAAGCCAGGGUGAUUUUGAAAAUAAAGCUUAUUUUUAUUGGAUGACGAUGAUUUUCUUGUCCGAGCUGAGAGUAUAUGGUUACUCCUUCAAAUUUUGAUCUUGAUGUGAAGGAGAUAUAACUCUAUUAAUCUAUUUGGUCAUUUAGGAGGCAUGAUAGCUCAGUAGAAAGAGCAAGGGUUUCGGGCUCCGGUUACCUAGGGUUGAUCCCUGCAAAUUCCCACUAGGUGUGUCAAUGCCCUUUGGUAAAGCAGUUAUCCUUCAGAAAGUCUUUGGUCCCUCGGUUGCUUGCUUACAAGCAUUCUUGCUUUCUUUAAUAGCAAUCAGGUUUAACAAAAAAUGUAGCCAUCACUAAUAGAUUGAAAGGAAAUAUAAGUGAAUUAAGGUCAAGUAGCCCCCCCCCCAAAAAAAAAAAAUUGAAGAGAAAAUUCUUUCAAUAAUUACAACACACAAAUCAUUCUUCAUUGAUCCUUUUGAACUUGCUAUUUAUUGUUUUAACCUGUUUUAACCAUGUAUGUGCUGUUCAUUUGUAGUAUUAUGCAACUCAGUGAAAAUAAUUUUUGCAUGUAAUGUUUUGCAUUUCUCAUUCAUUUUGCAUGUAUUCAUCAAUUUUCAUACUCGUUGAAUGAUAAUUCUUUGUUUUGUGCUGAUUUUAUAUCAUUAGCUUCUUAUCACUGUUUCGUUGCAUAAAAUUCUUAAUAAUGAUUAGAAAAAAAGGUUAGUUACAGUACUAGCAAUCUAUUUAAUUCACUAGUACUACUAUGGACAGAGAUGCACAAUGAAAUCAAUGUUUUUUUUUGCUUAAUCAGUAUUUUCACCAAGCUCAUGAUCGAAGCAAAAUUUAAUUAAAUCAUUUUGUUUGUUUUAUUUUACUAUCAAAACCUUUUUUUUUUCAUUAUCAACAUUUAAAGCUUAAUCCUGGCUACCUUUUCUGUAUUAAGGCAGAAAAGAAGAAUUAUAUGAAUAAGUUGUUUGUAUGAAAUUUGAUAAGAAUAUUUAUGUGUACAUCUAUAUGUAUAUAUAUAUAUUUUUUUGGGGGGAGGGGGGGGGGGUCGUUUGGAAAAUGAGAUCACUAAAACAAUAGUCGAUUAUCACAAUGGAUUCACCCAUGAGGGGGCCCAGAUAAAAAAGUUGCCAUUUUCAUCUAAAUAUUUUCAUGCAAAUUAUGUCUAGAUAAAUGUUUUGAUUGAUGAAAAUGUUGCAUAACUCUCCUCAUGGUUCGUAUGUUGUUUCAUUUUAUAGAAUUGGGAUGUGGAUCCUUAUCAAAUGAUUGGCCAAAAUCUAUCACUUGACACUUAAAAUAUAGCCAACAGGAAAAUUGGCCAGUGACCGGUAGUAAUGUUCAGUUCUAUUGACUGCUCAUUGUGAGAUAAAGAAUAACAAGGAUCCACAACAGAAUCUUAUAAAACAUACAACACACAUAAUUUUGCUCAGCCGUAGAAUAAUUAACACAGUUGUUAAACUUGAAACUGUCCAAAAACUGUUCCUUGUGCAUGUAAUUUUUCUUCUUGCCUGAAGGAAGUUCGGCAGAGACCUAGUAAUCAUUUUUUCCUGUUGGUCUAUUAGUCUGUUAAAAAAUGUAAAAAAAUUUUGUCCAACUUACUCUCAUUUCUUUAUUUCUGCAUCAAUUAUGUUCAUACUUGGCACAUAUAAUCCUUGGGUAAUACUACAUGUGUGUCCAUAAGGAUGAUGGGGUCAAACGUCGUCUAGGGGUCAAAAGGUGUUGGUCUGUUAGUCCGUUAGUAUGUUCCAAAAUGUUUUUACAAAUUUUGUUCUCGGUACUUACUCUCAUUUCUUUAUUUCUGCAUCAAUUAUGUUCAUACUUGAUACAUAUGAUCCUUGGGUAAUACCACAUGUGUGUUGUUGAGGAAGAUGGGGUCGAACAUUGUCUAGGGGUCAAAAGAUCAAAUGAUAUGAGGUCAUGUCCAUACUUUUUUGAAGUUUUUGUUCACCUUACUCUCAUUUCUUUAUUUCUGCAUGAAUUGUGUUAGCACUUGGUACAAAUGAUCCUUCGGUAUAUCCACAUGUGUGUUAAUAAGGAUGAUAAGGUCAAAGGUCAUCUGGGGGUCAAAAGAUUAUAUUGCAUAUUUUAUUGAUCGCAAGAUCAGGCGAGACUUACUAAUCUCCUCAAUGAUGUUUAUCAUUUUUGUAUACUGUAGUAGAUCAGCUAUUCUUAUCUUUUGCAUGUUUAAAACGCAUCUCAAAUUUUCUUGUAUUAAAAGGAAACUAUUUUCCAUCAUUCUUUCAGCAAUCAUAUCUUCCUUUGCCAAAGCUGUUGCCUUUUGAUUCAUUCUCAUGCUCUUUCUUCGCAUUCCAAUCACAAAGGACACAUCAUUAUUAAAAUCAUAAUUUUGUAUUAAUAUAUGUUUUCCAACUUAUUUGAUUGAUGUUUCUGUGUGUGCUGAAAUUAUAGUCCAUCCAUGUUUUUGAAAUCAUUCAUUGAUUAAGAUUACUUUUUGUUCAAUUCUUGUAACCGUUUGUGGUGAUAUAUUACUUAUCCAUUAAUUUGUCUUUCAAUUUCUAUUCAUCUGAAUGAAUUGUUACAUUACUUUUUAAAAAUCUUGUAUAGUUAUGGUUACAAAGUUUGGUAACUAUAAUCGUACAUUUUUUUUCUGUUAUGCUUGUUAAAAAUUUAACAUACAUGUACAGUAAUUUCACCUUGAUGUUUGUGCAUUAUCAAUAGGAGUGGGCUAUAAAUGGGUGAUAUUUGGUUUUACUGUGGCAACAGUUUUUUGUGUAAUAUCCAAGAACCACAAGACUUGAAACUUAGUUUUGGGCUGAAAAAAGGCUCUAAAAAUGGUUAAAAUCAGCUUUUAACUCUACAAAUAAUGGUUUAAAAGUACUAAUUUUAGGAAAAACAAAUUGCCUGCCCCAAAACACAUAUGAAUAGACACCAAAACCCAGAGAAAAAGACUACCAAUUAAAAACGUUGUGGCCAAAACUGUGAUUUUGGGGGGUUUUGGCGGCCAUUCUGGAUUUUUGCCCGGCACACGUUUUUCUUGGACCCGAGACAAAAAAUAUUGUGAUUUCAUGUUGAGAUACAUUACAAGGAAUAAAAAAAUUGUUGCCAUAUUGAAAUGAC